GUCCGACUCGGGCCCGGGGUCGCGCGCGCGGGCGGCCUGAGCGCGCGCCGGGGCCGGUGACCGGCGCGGGGAUGGAGUGCGACUCGCUGGCGGGCGGCAGAGCCAGACGCCCGCCCGGCCGCCGGCGGCUGCUGCUCUGGCUGCCCGCUGGCCGCGGUGGAGGCGCGGGGGGCCGCGGGGCCGCGGGGCCGCGCCGCUGCCUGCCCCGGCUCCUCGGCGGCCUGGGGGCGCUGCGACCCCGCGGGGCCGCGUCCCCAGCCUCCCCGCUGCUCCUGCUGCUGCUCGUGCCGUCCCCUCGCCUGGCCGCCGCCGCUGCCCCUCGCUGGCCGCCGGCCGACCGGGAGCGCCCGCGCGCGGUGCGGGGCGGCGCCCUCCACCUGAGCCCCGGCCCGGUGGCCGGCCUCGCUUGGUCCAGGAGAGAGCUAAGCCUGUCUGCUGGCCACCUGCAGCUGGAGCACAAACGGAGCGGUUUCACCUCUUCGGGAAACAGGAAGCUCUUCUUUGACACCCAUGCCUUGGUGUGCCUGUUCGAAGAAAAGGGGUUUACUACUCAACAAGCGGAAAUGAUUGUGUCGGCAUUGGUCAAGAUCAUGGAGACCAACAUGGACAUCAUCUACAAAGAUAUGGUCACCAAGGUGCAGCAGGAGAUCACUCUUCAGCAAAUCAUGUCUAAGAUUGCCGCUGUGAAAAAGGAUAUGAUUAUUUUGGAAAAGAGUGAAUUUUCGGCCCUACGAGCGGAAAAUGAGAAAAUAAAGCUGGAACUACAUCAGUUAAAACAGCAAGUGGCGGAUGAAGUGCUCAAAGUCCGAACAGAUACCAAAUUAGACUUCAAUCUAGAAAAGAGCAGAGUGAAAGAAUUGUACGCCUUGAAUGAAAGGAAGCUGCUGCAGUUGAGGACAGAAGUAGUGGAAUUGCAUGCCCAGCAAGAUCGGGCCCUCACCCAGACAGAUAGGAAGAUAGAAACGGAAGUUGCUGGCCUCAAAACCAUGCUCGAGGCGCACAAGCUUGAUACUAUUAAAUAUUUAGCAGGGUCUGUAUUUACAUGCCUAACAGUAGCUCUGGGAUUUUAUCGCCUGUGGAUGUAAUAAAAUGUGUAUUUAAAGAGA